CGCUUGAGCUCUCCUGAUUGGCUGCUGGUACUCCUGGAGACUCGUUUGCCUAAUUAACGAUAGCAGGUGGCUGUGCGCACCCAGGUGCACUUUUCUGUCGUCGUUCUGCGUCUUUUCUGGUAAAAAAAAAAAAACUCGAUCGCCAGGCAGACGAGAAAACAAACCCAGGGAAGGAGACAGAAUGAAUGGCAUGGUGUUGGGGCUCUUUCACCACCUGCCGCGCUUCAUGGAGUCAAACAACAAAAGUUUUCAGCCCUGGAGGGAUUAUAUGGGACUGUCGGACACGGUCAGAGAGAUCUUGCGUCGGAAUAGCACCGGUGAUUCCGUCCUGCCACAUCUCAAAGCGCGUCACUCCCAACCCGAUCGUUUCAGCGGAACUUUAGCGUCGAUGCGCAUGAACGCAGAAUCCUGCGAAUCCCUGCUGUCUGGCUCCGCGGCUAUGCUGAACCCAGAGGAUAUGUUUCGGUUCUCACCGGAGUCGGCCAGUGCCGAUCCGGUGCAGACACCGGGUGAUUCCAGGUGUCGCCCCAAGGACCGCAGGAGUACCGCGAGUCGCUUCAAGGCUCCGGCUCCAGAGCCGCCUGAGCGUCCCUCUUCCAGGUUCUGCAGUUUUUGUAAACAUAACGGUGAGUCCGAGCUGGUCUACGGAUCCCACUGGCUGAAGAACCAGGCUGGAGAGGUUUUGUGUCCCUACCUGCGCCAGUACGUGUGUCCACUAUGCGGCGCCACUGGGGCCAGAGCCCACACCAAACGAUUCUGUCCCAAAGUGGACAGCUCCUACAGCUCGGUGUACACCAAGACCAGGCGCUGAUUUAACAGGUGGCCUUGAGACCCUACACAAAAAGAAGCUUCCCCCUUUUUUUCCCUUCUUUGUGUGCAUUUUAAUUAUUAUAAUAAUUCAGUAUAAGUGUGGCUUUUACUUUUGUGUGUUGCUUGCUUUGUAUUCUCAUUUGCAUGCUUUGUUUUUAUUUAUUAUUAUAUAUUUAUUCGCAUGUUUUCUGUUUGGAGUUAUUUAAUUUAAACAUUGUCUGUUUGCAGUUUUGAAUUUUGCAUAAUUCAAAAAAAAAAAAAAAAAACGACUGCCGGAUAUGUUUGGAAGGAGAGAGGACAAAAAAAAGGGAAAUGUUUGCUUUUUUUGUUGUUGAAUACUUUUAGAACAUGGUCGACACAUGUCCAGGUUCAUAUACACUUUACCAAAUGCAUUGAAGGACUACAACGAAAUCAGCACUCUGGGAGAACAGCUUCACCAAUAUUACCUUUUUCUACAGUAUGUUUAUAAUGUGACCAUGUCGGCAUUUUAAGCUUUUAAUGGGGCACCUUCUCUUCUGUGUUCUGGAUUCUGGGAGCAUGUUUUAUUUGGAAUAUUGGCUAUUUAUGCCACUGUAGCUCAUGUAAAGUUUGUAAAUAUUUCUGUGGUUCCAGUUAUAAACAAGUGGCUAAACUU